AUGCCCUGCACCACCGCUGGCGAGCCUGGACACAUGGCCGGUGACCAUACCCGACUAGAGCUUCAUCACCUAGAAACUGGCAUAAUGACUGAACGUCGUUUUCUUUCAGCCCCACCUUCAAACUUCUUGGGUCAUUUAACAGCCUUACGUUACAAUGGAGCACCAUAUCUUGAUUUAUGUCAAGAGGGUGAAUUAGGUCGACGUUGUGAACUCAAUGCUCGUGCUGGUGGUCUUCGUCCACUGUUAGCUGAUCCUGUAGUCUUUCGCUCGGCUCCAGCCCAUCUUGCCCUUCCGCGGCUUCAGGCUUAUGCUUCCAUGCAUCUACUCUUCAUGUUCCGUACGCGACAUACUGAUGGGCUCUUGCUUUACAAUGGUGGCCAGGGGCCUGAUUUCAUUGCUGUAGAACUUGUUAAGGGGUAUAUACACUAUGUCUUUGAUCUUGGAAAUGGUCCAUCCUUGAUGAAAGGUAACUCAGAGAGAGCGUUAAAUGAUAACCAGUGGCACAGUGUUGCCGUCUCCAGAGAUCCAGGAAAUGCACAUACUUUGAGAAUUGAUGGAAGGACAGUUACACAGCACUCUACUGGUGCCAGUAAUCUAGACCUAAAAGGUGAACUUUAUAUUGGUGGCCUUCCAAGAAAUAUGUAUGCCAUACUUCCAAAGCUUGUUGCAUCUCGAGAUGGUUUCCAGGGGUGUCUUGCUUCUGUGGAUCUCAAUGGACGUCUCCCAGAUCUCUUAACUGAUGCUCUCCAUCGAUUUGGUCCAGUAGUGAGGGGAUGUGAUGGACCAAGUACAACAUGUUCAGAAGAAUCUUGUGGUAACCUUGGUGUAUGUCUACAACAGUGGGACGGUUUCACAUGUGAUUGCACCAUGACGACCUAUGCAGGGCCCGUCUGUAAUGACCCUGGUACUACAUAUAUAUUUGGAAAAGGAGGAGCUCUUAUUACCUACACCUGGCCUCCCAAUGACCGACCUAGUACAAGAGCUGAUCGACUUGCAGUUGGCUUUACUACACAACAAAAAGAUGCAGUAUUACUUCGAGUAGACAGUGCUUCUGGUCUGGGAGAUUAUUUACAGCUUCACAUAGUAAGGAAAUAA